UGCUAAGCCAGGAGUAAUUGUCCAAGCUCUCCAACGAGCAAAAGUAAAGAAUCCGGUAAUUAAUAUUGACGAAAUUGAAAAAAUGGGGGAAAGCAAAUAUCAGGGAAAUCCUACUGCCGCUUUCCUAGAGAUCUUUGACCCUGAGCAAUUGAACGAGCGAUCGAAAGAGGAAGUUGAGGAGAAAAAAGACGAUAAAGGCUUUUUAAUUUGUCCUAUUCGUGGUAUUUUGCGAGCCAGAAAAUAUGAUGUCAGAGGCUAUCCCAAAAGUCAGUUUAUUAUUGAAUACGCGAUACCAAUUGGACAUAAAGGACAUAAUACUCUUCGAGUUGAUUUGGUAAUCAAAGGUCAAAAUGGAUUUAUCUGUGUGGCAGAGGUGAAAAAAGGUUAUGCCAAAGAAAAUAUGAACUCGGCUAUUAAACACCAAUUGGUACCGGCGAUGCGAAUAGUUAAUGCCAAGUAUGGAGUUUAUUUUGAUGGUACCAGAAAAAGCCGCUUAUUAACAAGAAAUAAUGACGGAACUCUUUCGAUACGGGAAUUUCCUUAA